AUCCUCUGCCCCUCACCAAUUCAUCAAUUCAUCCAAGCCCGUCACUCUUCAUCCACUCGAUUCCUCCAAUACUCAUCCUUCUGGACGCAAAAACCACUGUAUCUGGUGAUUCCGCUUUGAUAAGUGACUUUCUCUCCCCUAAUCAUGACUUUGGUGUCCUUUCCUCCAGAGGUACUAAAGCUCAUCGCAAGCGAGCUCUCGGACAUAGACCUCUGCAACUUCUGUCUUGUCUGCAGAAUCUUCCGCAGCGUCGUUCAGGAUGACCAGGUAGUUUGGCGGGCAAAGCUUCUAAGCAUCUACGAUGAACCCUCUUCUAAGGUCCCGGGCAAGCCUUACGACUGGAGACGUGUUUACCAAUUGAGGCAACAAAUAAUUCCACGGGGCGUACUGCGCACGGAAUUCGGGACUGGAAAUUUAUCGGAUGCGGAGGUCUUGGAUGUUAUCUGGGAUGUAUUGCACGAUGCCCGCGGAUACAAGUCCGAGACCAAGGAGAUUACCGGGAAGAAUUUCAACAUUCUAAAUGCUUUAAAGCGCCCGGACCACACACUAGGGUUACUUGAGGGGCGGGGCAACAACUGUGCAUUGGCUGCCGCUGUCGGUGUUUUGAUGACGCCAUUGCUUCAGCUUCCAGAAGAGAAAGAUCUUCACGACCUGCACACAAUGGUGUACAGCACGCCCGCAGUGAGUUUCGAUGGAUAUCCUCAAUUCCAGGUCAUCUGGGCGCUUGCCAAGUACUUUAUCUACCACAUACACAAGGAUUCUGGGUCGGAUAUGCUUUAUCAAAAGCGUUUGAUGCAACCGAAUGAGUAUCCCUCUUGGUGGGAAGGCAAGCUCAGUGAUUAUGUGGGACCCCGCCAUAAAAUACCGUCGAAGUGGUAUGGAGCCUAUGCGUAUGCGCAACGAACAAUCCGUCCCCAACUACGGGACCUUUCCGACGGUCCGCUAGUAGAUGUAACCCUCUCCAUGACCAGCCACAAUGAAUUCCAAGGUUCAGGCUCCGACACCCAAACCUUUACAAUAACCCAUGGCAAGAUAUCUUCAACGAAGCCAGAUCCGACGCUUAGAUAUAACGGCGUCUGGAAACAUAUCGAAUUCCGGAAAUAUUACCACAGCCACCAAUGGACAUAUGAGGGUGUAAUGUUGCCGGGAAAUAACAUGAUCCUCGGGCAUUGGAGGCCUCCGGGGACACUCAACAGCCCGGAUAAUUUUAGGGGGAACAACGGCCCGUUCGUGCUCUGGGCUGUGCCGGAGGGAUCUACAAUUGCAGGACGGGACGACAGAUUGGGGUUUCCAAGAUAGCAAUUGGCUAACCUUUUCUUUGGGCUCUCGCAUCCUGCAAUCAAAUAAAUGGGCGGUAUAUGAGCUACCUUGAUCCCGAGCCUUAGCUAUCACGAUGUUGGCGGCAGGACUUGGGUAGCUCAUGUGCGACCGGUCAAGACUUUACCCUUUGUGAUCUGUUUCGGCACUGUUUUCUGAGGGUGGAUGGUCGUGAUAUAUUGACAGUGUAUCCAUGAAAUGAUAAUUAUGAUUCAGGACAAAUGCUUGUAUUCCCUCUCUUUUUUUCUUUUUUUUCUUUUCCCUUGCGCUUUGUUUGUUGGUUGUGUUUUUGCUUGUGCCAAUGUUAAGGGUGGGGGAGGGGAUGGACUUUGUCGAGUGAUGAACUAUGAACGGAAAUUUGGUGUGAGGGAGGAGCUGAUAUUGUGGAUGCAUUGCUUGAAAUAUUGUUUGUGAAAUGUAUCAUAGUUGGGGGGUUUCGCUACGAUGGAUUUUUGCAAAACAAUAAGAAAACUUGUAUGUAGUACAUCGAA